GCCGAACUGACAAGCGACAUCUCUCCUUUUUGACAAUUCUUUUCCAUCACAAGUAUGGCUCCGAAGAAACCGUCUGAGAAGCCCGCCGGCCAACCGGCCGAAAAGAAAGAAAAGAAACCGGCAGCCGCCGCGGCGUCCGGUUCGGGUGAGAAGAAGGCCGCUCCGGAGAAGAAGGCUGCUGCCCCAGCUGCAGCGGCUGCCUCGAAGAAGAAGGCACCGGCACCUGCUCCGGAAACAACCAAGGCCGGUCCUAGCCAGAAGAAGGAUGCCAAGAAGCCAGCCCCGACCACUGCCGCUGCUGCUGGUAAGAAGGCAGCCAAGGCUACCGCUACCGCUUCCGCCGCCGGCAAGAAGCCCGCCGAGAAGAAGAAGGCCCCCGCUGCUGCUCCCGCUGGAAAGGCUGCCGCGAAGGGUGCUGCUGCCAAGGGCGCUAAGCCAGCCACUAAGGCUGCUGCUGGUGCCAAGGCCGGCAAAGCUGCUGCCGCAGGAGCUAAGAAGCCCGCUGCUGGCAAGAAGGCGGCUGCACCUGGAGCCAAGAAGGUUGCCGCCAAGGGGGCAAAGGGUGCCAAGGGUGCUAAGGUCGUGAAGGGUAAGGCCGCCACCUCCACCACCAAGAAGGGUGUCAAGAAGAGCACGAAGCUGACGCGUGACGAAAUCAAGGCUAAGGUUGAGAAGGGACACGCCAAGGCCAAGGCAGCAGCUCUGCUGCGUGCCAAGCGCGCGAAGACCAAGCUUGUGAAGGGACCGUACGGAACCGUUGUCCGAAAGAUCCGUACCUCCGUUACGUUCCGUCGGCCAAAAACUCUGAGCCUGCCCCGCCGUCCGAAGUACCCGAGGAAGUCGGUGGCCAAACGUAACCGAAUGGAUCCGUACAACAUCAUCAAGUACCCGCUGACCACUGAAGCAGCGAUGAAGAAGAUCGAGGACAACAACACCCUCGUCUUCCAGAUCCACCUGCGCGCCAACAAGAACCACGUGAAGGCUGCCGUCAGGAAGCUGUACGACGUUAAGGUAUUGAAGAUCAACACGCUGGUGCGACCGGAUGGCAAGAAGAAGGCGUACGUGCGACUUACCCGCGACUACGACGCGCUGGACAUUGCCAACAAGAUCGGCAUCAUCUAAACAGUAGUUUGUUGUUGGUUUCUCUGUCAUCCCGCCACGCUCUCGGUGAGGAUGAUGGUUUGAAGGAGAAGGAGAAGAGGGAGAGAGCAUAAGGAGCACACCGCAGUGUGUUCUUGCAUUCCUGCUCUCCACGGAACUAUUUGCCUACGAAUAAUUUUUACAUGCGCGUAGGAAAGUAGUGCGGCUGCGUCCACUCGGAAAACACUCCCCGAUCCGUAAUCCAUCAAUCUGUAAGUUUGUGCUGGAACUGUUUCUAGUAAACACAAAGUACCCUUUGUAAAACCUGGGAAAAUAUAAACAGCUGUUUAAGAGAGGAGAAAAUGUA